UAAACAUCAGGGAUCGUAAUAUAUAAACAUCAGGGAUCGUGAUAAAUAUAUGUGGUGUUCACAGUUCACAUAACCGACUGUUCUAAGUUCCAACUGAAACGCUUCUUGAAGGGAACGGUAUAUAACGAGGUGAUGCAGAUUGAUUUACCGCGUAUUGAUUAAAAUUCGCGGUAAUUAUACGGCAAAUUCAGAACCGAAUGUUUGAACUGAAACGACUUUCUCAAAGACUUCAUAUUGCACCGCAAUAAAACGUGUAUGUGAUACAGAUUGAUCAAUUGGUAGGUAUCAAUAGUGAAUAUCAUUAGAGUGCAAUGGACUACGAUAGCUAUGAUAUCGACGGUGCGAGUGCCACACAGCCCACUCAAACACUGCCGCAGACGCAGGAAGUGGGAAACAACACACAGUCCAGUGAAAAGGACGAACCUCUGGUUUGGGGGCGAUUAGAUCCAUUGAGAGAGAAAUUGAAAGCUAUCGACCUGGUGAACGAUGUCUACACCAUUGGGCGCAAUGCAAACUGCGAUAUCAAGCUGUCCAAACCUACAAUUAGCAAUCAGCACGCCAAUAUAAAGGUGGUGCGAGAGGGCAGUAGUGUCGACAUGGAUGCAGUAUACGGGGUAAUAGUAUUCCUGAGUGACACAUCCACCAACGGCACGUAUCUGAACAACGAGAGAGUUGGCAAGGGUAAUAAGAAGCUGCUAAAAGACGGCGAUAUCAUAUCGUUACCGUUGCGAUCUCUAGCUGCGCCUAAGGCCCAAGAACCUGGAGAAAAACUCAUUGGUAAACCAGUGGUCAAUGCGUUCCUGUUCAGAAACUUGGCUCGAGGUUCCGCCGAUGAAGGUCAACACAAAGACACGGGUGAGUACACCAUCACAAACAAAAUUCUGGGCACGGGCAACUUUGCUGAAGUGAGGCUGGCGGUGCAUGCAACAACGGGGCUCAAGGUGGCCGCCAAGUGCAUGGACAAGAAGCGUCUGAGUCUGCAGGCCAUGAACAGCGCUACGAUAAAAAAGGAAGCCGAGAUUCUGCACGCUUUGCAUCAUCCGUGUGUGAUUAAGAUUGAAGAGAUGUUUGAGACGGAGAAGUAUCUGUACAUCAUGCUUGAGCUUGUCUCGGGAGGCGCGCUGUUUGAGUAUGUGCACGAGAGGGGCAGGCUUUCCGAGAAGCAGAGCAUGGACUUCACGUAUCAGAUGCUAAAGGGGUUGGACUAUCUGCAUAAGAACGGCGUAACCCAUCGCGACAUGAAACCUGAGAAUGUUCUUCUGCUACCGUACCAAGUAGAAGGCACCUUCCUGUUGAAAAUCACUGACUUUGGCUUGGCCAAGAUCGUGGGCGAAACAUCGUUCAUGCAGACGCUAUGUGGUACACCCAACUACUUGGCACCGGAGAUCAUGGAUGCCGGCAAGCAUAGCAAGACGCGUGGAGGCUACACCAACCGGGUAGACUGUUGGAGUUUAGGCGUGAUUGUGUAUAUCAUGUUAGCGGGCCAUAUGCCCUUCUCAGACGACAUCACAGGACCUUCGAUGGGGGAACAGAUUUCUGAGGGACUGUACUCGUUCCCGGAUGAUCUCUUUGGGCAUACGUCGGAAGAAGCUAUCACCUUAAUCACCAAUCUGCUAUGUGUUAUGCCUUCGGAGAGGUAUUCUGUUGAGAUGGCACUCAACUCGCCAUGGUUCAAGAGUGACGUCAUCGCGAAAGUAGACGAACUGCUGACGCUCUGGCAGAAGGCAAACCCGCCCAAGAGACGCUCUGUGGCAGACUCUGAUAGAAUAACAGAAGCAGACGAUGGGCCUAUGGAUACCAGUGAUCUAAGUAAUGCCGAGAAUGGUGAACUCAAAGACACACCUGUGCAUACUGAGAGCCGUAGCAGGAAACGACCAAUCCCAGCCAAACGCCCUUUGGAGACCGCUACAAGCGAUUGCUCAGCUCUGCCCGUCAAAGUGGCCAAAUUAGGACUCUAGCUAAAAUUAGACCACUGAAUGGAAAUCAGCUCAGAGACUCCUAAUUCAGAAGGAACGGGUGGCACAUCCACGCAACCGAGCUUUCCACAUUGCUGAGCGCAGAGCGAGAUCUAUUUAUAGCUUCGUAGCUUUAAAAAAAGGUAUAGACUCUGGCUUACCUGCCUGGCCAGUACGGGGUAGAUUCGAUAUGUGUCAAAUUCGGCUGCACUUGUUAGCGUAGGCGCAGAAUAGAGACGCACACAUACGCACAGGUAGAUGGAGACCUUAGCGCGUGGGUAGCAAGUGCAUGUGUGCUCAACGCCUGUAGGCCAAGCACAGCUUA